AUGGUGUCGCAACCGGAUCCGACAGCGCAUUACAGCCUACAGCACCGUCGUGGUCACAGCAACUCAUCUGCUGCCUCUGCAAUCCUGCCUCGGCACAGUGGCCACGCCAGUUCACGCUCGAAACGAUACAAUCGCUCGCAUGCCGGUGGUGAUUCUUAUAUUCCUCUCAACGAGUUCCCCGUCUUUACGCAGUCCGGCGAUGUCGAGAUAAUUGUUCGGGUUGGGCCGCUCGAAAACCGAUAUCUUCUUCAUAAAGAGAUUCUUACCCGCUGUAGUGGCUUUUUUGAGGCCAGCACGUCGGAAGAAUGGUCUCGCGCUCGUGGUCCGGAUCCAUCCACAAAGCCCAAAUUCCGACAGCUCGCGGCAGGAAAUGAGGUCGCAUGUGUGAAUCCAAAUGGCUCCGUCUUGAGCCAAGCUGACUCAACCACUGGUGUCGGCCACGCAGACGCUGCUUCUGCCCCAGGAAAGAGGCGUUGGCGCUAUGAAUUGGAUCCCGGCCGUGGCGAUGAAGAUACUCCGAUGCUUGUUCAAAAGGAUCCGAAAAGUGUUGAUAACACGCAGCCCGCACAUCAAUCCAUUUUUGCGACCCCUCGGCCAGGGUCUAGCUCAGGCCCUGACUCCGGACCUUUAAGCAGGUCACGCCACAGCAAUUCCCAACCACGGGCCCUGCCUCACUCUGCAAAAGCCCCUCGGUCUUCUUUCUCCCAGUCUCUCGCCAAUCUCAGCCUGACAUCACAGCCGCGAUCACGCAGUCGAAGCAACAACACUGUGGUCGUUACCGUUCCGGAGGAAGAGGACCUCGUACGCGAUUAUGACAACCUGUUCCGCAUUUUCUACAACUACCCUCCUCUUCUUGACGGUGUCAAUGUUGCCGAUGCCUACAUUCAGUGCAAGCGUCUCCUUGGCCUCGCCGAUCAAUAUGAUGCGCUGGCCGUGAUCGGUCCCCGAGUUGACCAUCACUUGCUACAAUUUCAAGCUCGCCUGUGGAAACAGGUGGCCAAGUACCCCGUGUCUUACCUACGCUUGGGCUAUUUGGCUCGCUCCAAGGUCAUUUUUCAAGAGGCGCUCGUUCAUGUGGUCGGCCAAUGGCCUGUUGGCGAGCGCAGUCUGCGGGCAUCCAUGCCAGACUCUGUUCUGGACCUCAUUGAGGAUAAAGUGGAUGAUCUAGAAUUUACAGUUAGCCGCGUAGAGCGCCGCUUGUUCCGCCUAACUCUGCUAAAUUCUCAUGGGGACCGUGUCUCCCCGUCAUCUAGUUACUUGGAAUGGCUAGUAGUCAGCUACUUUCGGCAAUGGCUAACAGACAAUACGUCGCCGCCGCCGCCAUCCAAGCGAACAGCCGACAAUCACAAGUCUUCUUCGGCUUUGGCAAACAGGAGCACAUUUGCGCCUCUCCCAGCGCUGGGUGCUAUUGGCCGUGCAUAUCGCACGCUGGCCGGAAGGCCGACGGGAUAUCUUGCGCACAGCGAGUGCAAGGACUUUCUCAAACUGACCCCCGAACUAUACAGUCGCGAUAAUUUACGACGUUUUGAAAAGCGACUGGACGAACUCAAAGCAAUGGCGAGAGAAAUUGUCGCUCCCUUGAUGGGCAGCAGCCUAGAGCUGGAUCUCGCAGCUGGCACCGCGGGCGGCAAGCCACCAAGCGAUGGGAUACGAUAUUUGACGUGCACUUCGGUGCGCGAGAGGGAUCUGCCUUGGUCGCCGGGCGACUAG